AUGGAUUUUUUAAGGAUUUUACUUGAGGGACUUCAAGCAAUAGGUGUGGAACUCAAGGAAUUGGCUGCUCAACAUCCCAUCAUUCAUAUCAUUGAAAUAGAUUUACUCAAUUUCAAUGAAUACGAUCGUGUUGUCAAAGAAGUCGAAGAGAUCACUCAAGGUCAAGGUCUAAAUGUACUCUUCAAUAAUGCCGCCAUUUCGAGCAAAGAUCAAAGUUUGGCCGGCACUAAAUCUGAUGAAAUGUUGCAUCUGUUAAAUGUAAACGUUGUUGUACCCCUUAUGUUCACCAAAGCCUGUUUACCAUUGUUGGAAAAGGCCUCGAAAUUAAAUGAAAACCUUGGUAUGGGCUUGGAACGUGCUGCCAUAAUUAAUAUGAGUUCUCUAUUAGGUUCGAUUGCAAGUAAUAACUGGGGUGGUUAUUAUUCUUAUGGCACCUCAAAAAGUGCUUUGAAUUCCAUCACCAAGUCAUUGAGUAUUGAUUUGAAAUCCCAGAAUAUACUUGUUACUUCGGUACACCCUGGUUGGGUACGCACUGAUAUGGGCGGUGAAAUGGCACCAUUGGAAGUGGGUUCAACCACUGCACAAAUUAUCGAUACCAUAAUGAAAUUUAAUGAAAGCCAUCAUGGUGGUUUCUAUCAAUACGAUGGUCAAAAUUUACCAUGGUAA